UCGAAACGCAUCAAUUUGCAUCUGAAGGCGUCUUGAUAAACGCCUUUUGAUCCUGAGUGUUUUUCGCAAUCAAAUCAAAUCAACAUUUUUCAAUUUUAAUCUUCUCAAGUCAAUUCAUCAGCGACCAUGAGGGAGUGCAUCUCGAUUCACAUCGGUCAGGCCGGUAUUCAGGUCGGAAAUGCAUGUUGGGAACUUUACUGCCUCGAGCAUGGCAUUCAGCCUGAUGGCCAGAUGCCCAGUGACAAAACAGUCGGAGGAGGCGACGACGCAUUCAACACCUUCUUCAGCGAAACCGGUGCCGGAAAGCACGUUCCACGCGCCGUCUUCGUCGAUCUAGAGCCAACCGUCAUCGACGAAGUCAGAACCGGAACCUACCGUCAGCUAUUCCACCCCGAACAACUCAUCAGCGGCAAAGAAGACGCCGCCAACAAUUUCGCCCGUGGUCAUUACACAAUCGGAAAAGAAAUCGUCGACCUCUGUCUCGACCGCAUCCGAAAGCUCGCCGACAACUGCACCGGUCUCCAAGGCUUCCUCGUCUUCAACGCGGUCGGAGGUGGUACCGGCUCCGGUCUCGGCUCCCUCCUCCUCGAACGUCUCUCCGUUGACUACGGAAAAAAGUCAAAACUCGGAUUCACCGUCUACCCAUCUCCACAAGUCUCAACAUCGGUAGUCGAACCCUACAACAGCGUCUUAUCCACCCACUCUCUCCUCGAACACACCGACGUCGCCAUUCUCCUCGACAACGAAGCCAUCUACGACAUCUGCCGCCGGUCACUAGACAUCGAACGCCCGACCUACACCAACCUCAACCGUCUCGUCUCCCAAGUCAUCUCUUCCCUCACCGCCUCCCUCCGCUUCGACGGUGCUCUGAACGUCGACGUGACUGAAUUCCAAACAAAUCUCGUCCCAUAUCCACGUAUCCACUUCAUGCUUUCUUCUUACGCACCUGUGAUUUCAGCUGAAAAAGCUUACCAUGAGCAACUCUCAGUCGCGGAAAUCACCAACAGUGCUUUCGAGCCUUCUUCCAUGAUGGCGAAAUGCGACCCCAGACAUGGGAAAUACAUGGCAUGUUGUUUGAUGUACAGAGGUGACGUGGUUCCCAAGGAUGUGAAUGCUGCUGUCGCUACUAUCAAAACGAAGAGAACGAUUCAGUUUGUGGAUUGGUGUCCUACUGGAUUCAAAUGUGGGAUUAAUUACCAGCCACCUACUGUGGUUCCCGGAGGUGAUUUAGCGAAGGUGCAGAGGGCUGUUUGUAUGAUUAGUAAUUCGACUUCAGUUGCUGAAGUGUUUUCGAGGAUUGACCAUAAGUUUGACUUGAUGUAUGCGAAGAGGGCGUUUGUGCAUUGGUAUGUGGGUGAGGGGAUGGAGGAAGGGGAGUUUAGUGAGGCGAGAGAGGAUUUGGCUGCGCUUGAGAAGGAUUAUGAAGAGGUUGGUGCUGAAGGUGCUGAAGAUGAAGGUGAUGAAGGUGAGGAGUAUUGAGCGACAAGUUGAAUGGUUUGGUUGUUUGUUUGUGUUUUGUUUUAUGAGUUUUUAUCUGGAUUUGGUUUGUGAUGUGAUAUGUUUUGUGUUUGUGACUAUGUGACAAGUAAUACUAGUAUACUACUACUACUA